AUGAGCAGAAGCCCUGGCGCAGUUCGAGGAGGGCCGGAGUGGAAGUUGCAGGACCCGGAUCCCCGAGCAGGCGCGUUGACAGAGCUGGGUGGCAUUCUGUCCCAAGUCGAGCAGGAACUGUCUGCAGACUUGGAUGGAGGCUCAGCAGCAUCUGAUUUGCAACAGUGCCGUGAGGUGGUUCGACGUCAGGUGCGACUGGAAGAGCUACGCCGCUUGCUGGAUACAGUCCGCCGGACCGGUGAGACGGAGCCGAUCCGUUCGGCAGUCCAUCUGCCUUCUCAGGACACGGAAUGCAAGGAGCUGAGGGAGGAGCUUGCGGCCUUGGUGCCGGCAAAGAUGUCGGCCGAGCGUGAGGCUGCGGAGAUCAAGGUCGCUUGGAAAAGCGAUCGCAUCCGAAUUCACCAGCUCCAGCAGGAGUUGCAGAUGCAGGCAGCGGCCGUUUCCGAAGCGGCUUCCUCAGCCGGCGCCAAGCCUCCAGGUGUCCAGCAAUCGCCGGUGGCAGACAUCCAACUUAGAGUCUGGCAGACUCGAUGUGCCAGUCAGGAGGAAGAUCUUCAGCAGUGUCGAUCAAGGUGUAGCGAAUGGGAAGAAGAGUCAAGUGCUGCUCUCGGACGUUGCACCCACUUCGAGGCGUACGCCAUGGAGACAGCCAAGGCAGAGGCGCAGCUCAGCCUUCAGACGCAGAUUCUGACAGAAAGAUGCAUCGAGCUGCAAGCGAAGAUGGACCGGUCGAAGGUAACCCAGUACGACUUAUUUGGGCAGCUGGAGCAGCUCCGUAUUCAGAAUCUGGAACAGCACCAGCACCUGGAGGCUACACUCGCCAAGAGCGAGCAGCUCCAGCAAGAGAACAGGAACCUGGAAGCCAGCAGUGCGGACUUAGAGCUUCAACUUGCCGAGUGCAUGCUCUGCAAGCCGUCGUGCGAGCCGCCAGCACAGCGCGAUCGCGUCAAAGAUCUGCACAGCUUGGAGCGGCGCUACGCAGUGUCGGAGGCAGCCAGAGAUGGCUGUGCCCGACGUCUGAAGCUUCUCGAAACGCAGCAGGAAAAGCUUCAGCACGACUUGCAAGUGGCCCUGACCUCGAAGCAGGACCUUGCGGAAAAGCACAAGUGCCUGCGGCUGGAGUGUGAGAACUUCGAGUCGCAGCUACGACUGGCAGAGCGGGAUGCUUCUUCAAGUGCGAAGCAUCGAGACGAGCUUGCCCAGGAGCAUUGGCAACACGAAAAAGGGGCAUCCGAGCUGUUGGAAAAGAGCCAGCAACAAGAGCGUGCUGCGGAAGAGUUUCAGCGAAGAUUUGAGGAUAUGGGGGCUGCACUGGAGGCAGCCAUAUUGGCCAAGGAACGUAUGGAAGCGCGAGCGGUGGCAGCAGAAGGCGACAUGAAGGCAAUCCUCCAGGACGGACAGUGGAACCAAAGUGCAAAGACGCCGCCGCCCGACGUGUGGCUGGAAGAGGACGCGGCGCUCCCAGAGGAGUACUUGGAGCUUAAGGGAGCGAUCGAUGUGUCGGGCUGGGGAGCUGUGGAAUGGGCUGGAAACUACACGCUGCUCCACUGGGCAGCAGCGACGAACCACGCUGGUCUUUGCGAACACUUUCUCAGGUUGAGGGCCGAUCCACUGGUCCGAGAUGACGCGGGGAGGACCUCGUUGGACUAUGCUGUUCUGCAUCAGCACAAGGAGGUGGCGAUGGUGAUGAUAAAUGCCGUGGCGACAGACGUUCAAAGGCCUGAAGCAAGCGUGGUGCGGGCAGCAUCGGUUGAAGAAAAAGCCGAAAUGUCGGGCAAUGAACCUGCGUAUGACCGCUUCGUCUUACUGCUUCGCCGCUGCUUCGGCUCAAGCGCUCGGCCGAGAGCACCAGCCGAGGACUCAAUGUCAAUAACUGCAUGGCUGGUGAAGUCGGCAAGGCUCCGACAGGCUUCAGCCAUGACCUUGGAAUCCUUCAAACGUGCUGACCGGGAGAGCCUUGUAAGCGCUGACAGCUUGAUUUCCGGCAGAUUGGCCAUUGUGCGGGAUGAGUACGGAGACCUCUUCGAAGACUACGGCUUUCUGAAGAGGGCGGAGGCUUUCAAGGGAGAGGGCAACAAGGCCUUUGCGAAGGAGCGCUUCGAGAAGGCAUUGGCCGAAUAUGACGAUGCGCUGGAGCAGUUGUUAACAGUCGCCUACGACAAGUCCAUUGUCAUUGGCAAGAAGAAGUGGAAUGACAUUGUCGUCAUGAGAAGCACACUCCACUUGAACAAGAGCACAUGCUUUUACAAGCUCAAAGAUUGGCAGCAGUCUCUAGAUGCUGCGCUUGAGUGCCUUGUGGGCAAUCACCGCGAUGAGAUGCUAUUUACAGAUCCGCACAUUCGCCAUAAGCUGAAGGAGUCAGAGCGAAAAUCGGGUCAUGCUGGCGCGACCCUCGUGGAAUUUCGUUUGCCGAGGAUCACACGUGCAAAAGCGUGGUUUCGGGCUUCGCAGUGCUACGGUCAUUUAGACUUCCUAGACAAAGCAAAGGAUGCUCUAGCCAAGGCGCUCGAAGCAUGUGACGACCAGGGCUUGAUUGCUGAAAUCUCCCAGCACUCCCUGCGUCUGGACACCUUGGAGAGACUCCAGAAAGACAAACAGAAGAAACAGUUUGCUGGAUUCUGGGAUAAAUUCCAGGAUCGUGGUGGCUACUCCGAGGGAAAGAAUGACGUGCAGGAGUGGGACAAGCUAAAGUACUGGGAACGCUUUAAGCAUGUCGAAGAAUAUGAGGAGAGAUACUCUUACGUCGACCAAGACCAGCAGCAGGAGGACCCGAAAAGGGGACAUGCAGCCGAGUUGCUGCACCAUCUCCCGCCUGGUGCAAAGUGGGACUCGGCAGUGAAGGGCCUGACCAAGAAGAUGUACAGAAGCAUCGACCGGAGCUUUGAGGAGUACCUGGAGAAAAAAUCAGCUGGCCAAGUUGAGGAAUCAAGCGUGACAGAAGAGCCUGGCCAGUCUCCUCGAAUAGAAGUGCCGCCUGAGCCAAAGGAUGUCGUACCGCCCAGGCCGCGGCGAAAGGAGGAGACACCGCUUGCGUACUCGCCACGCGGGGCUCGGCCAGGUGCUCGCUCCCGGGCCGCGCGUUCGCCGUCGCCAGUUCCGAACGCGCGGGAGGAGUAUGCCCGGCAUUACAACAGCUAUGCAAAGCAGGAGAAGGCUUGGCAAGACAAAGCCGCAGCAGAGGCGCUGGACUCGGAAGAGGAGCAAGAGUUGCAGGAGGCGGAUCCCUCCGAGUCAGGAUCUUCUUUCAUGGUUUCAGGUCUGGUGCUUGGGGCUUAG